UUCUCUCUGUCCUUGACAUGCUUUAGAGUUUGGAAAUAUGUUUUAUGUUUCGUUUUUGUACUUCAGUCAUAUAUGUACUCAACGCUCAGUACAGUAAACUGGAGAGUGAAAGAAAGUGAAAGGGUCUUCAACUUUCACUGCACGCUGCGCUAUUUCUGACCCUCACGAGCCACCAUCGGCUGCACAACACACGUGAUCCGGUCAUUUGACAGGGCAAAACACGGCAGUAGCUCGGAAAGACAGGCGACAUGGACCAUCACCGAGUGGACAGGGUGGGCCUGCUGUCUCCCUUGGAGGAGUCCAGCGCUGAGAUAAGCCGAGACAGCGGCAUUGUCUCCCAAAGUGCGAGCAGUCUGUCCAUGGUGAGCGAUAUCCUCAGCAGCGGGACCGUGUCGCAGAGCCCCAGCUUUGGCGCAGCGGCUAACGUUCUGUCUCAGAGCCCGAGUCUCAACGAAGCAGCAGCAGCAGCAGAACCAGGGACAGCCGACCAGAACCACUCAGAGCUGGACGAGGAGGUCCUGAGACACACCGCCCUCAGCUACUCCUCCUACAUCAGGGCGACAGCCGGGGAAGAGAUCCUGUGUUUGGAGAAGAGCUUAGACGAGAUGCUGACAAGAGUAGAUGAGUUUGUUGGAAUGCUGGAUAUGAUCCGUAAUGAUACCUCCCAGAUAGUGAAUGAAAACCUACCUCAAAUCCAGCAGAAGUCCGAUGAAAUGAGACAGAUAUACAGAAGAAUCGAUAAGUUAGAGGCCUUUGUAAAGAUGGUGGGAGCCAAUGUCAACGCGAUGGAGGAGCAGGUCACACAGGCGGAGGGAGAACUAGGAACACUACCCGGUGCUUUCAAGAAGAUCCUCCGCACGAUGAGCGUCCCAGGCUUCUUAAACAAACCCGCCAGCCCAAGAAGACCAGCACCACGACAGCGCCAAGAUAUCCCCAGCGUGUUCCGGACAGAUGAUUAUUUCACAUCACAGCCAGAGCAGUGACACACAAGAACAUUUAACACAUAACUUGGUUCUAACCUCAGAGGCCUGUUGAGUGAAUCUGUAGAGACAACUUUUACUGCCAUGCACUGCAGGAGGAUCUAUUGGUGCGGUGGCCUCAACAAAGCAAUAGUAGCCUUUCUGAACAAGUCACUGGAAGUCGAGUGCGCAAGGACAUUCUGCAUUUAAGAGUGUCGUUUUCAUGGCAGCAACAAGCACUGAACUGUGUAGCAAAAUGAUUUUAAAAGUGCCUAAAUGGGUCUUAUUUCUGCCAGUCUUGUUUUCACUAUUUGUGAAGAGAAACAAUGUCAGAUCCCUGUUGCCAAUAGGACACUCGAAAAGAAGGUACAAUAGGAGGAGCUGUAAUGAUCUUAAGAUGUACUACGUGAUGAAUUAACCCAGCUUUUUUUAUAAAUUACAUUCCUGUUCCUGGUGUUUGUAAAGACCUGCACGCUGUUAUGAGUUAAUCUGUAUUUCUUAUGUCUUAUCACUUUGCCCAAGCAAUAUUGGUCUCAUCCAGUAAAGCAUUUAUUGUCUUCCAUUUCAAAAUAUUCACUUUACUGCUAGUCUGACAUUACUGGCUAUGGAUGACAGUUGCCUCAUUGAUGUGGGGCUCCAUCUUUGAUGGCACCUUUUCAAUAAAAGCACACUAUAGAUGAUUUGUGUUAGUCUCUCGAGUCAGGCUGUCUGAUGAAUCAAAGUUUGGGCCGGCUGUGACUGAGUGGUGAAACAGUAAGGUAGAGAUGGGAUGUGGCCCUUACACCUCCAACAAGGGUCUUCCCAGCUGUGAUUCAUUAUUUGCCAAAAUAGUUAGAAAUAAAGGUGUUCUUUUUUAUAGAUUGAUUUUUCUUAUAUGUUUUUAAAGGAAUCAUAAAGAUUUUUUGAGACAA